AUGGGGUUGAGACUUAAAUUAAACUCAUGAUUCACGUAUAAGUCUCAACUAUCACGUAUAAGUCUCACGAUUCCCGUUCACAAUUUGCAAACCUUACAUUCCCUCCAAUCUUCAUUCAUCUUUCUCUACUUUCCACCUCCAUUAAAAAUCUUCGGCUUGUAAAAGAAAGCCUAAUUUACCUAUUUCGAUUUUUUCCAAUAAAUUGUUGAAGAGCUUUUACAUUUUAGGGUUAUGAAACGUGGGUACCAAGGUUCACCAUCGGAUCAUCCUCAAUCUCGAUUCAAACCUAAUCCUGAAGGAGAUGGACAUUUUUUGGAGGAUGAGAGUACAAAAAUUUUUGCUCGAAAAGUAGCUGAUCAUUACAGCGCAAGAACUAACCAGACACUGGAAGAACGAGAAGCUAGCCCAAUUAUUCAUUUGAAGAAACUUAAUAACUGGAUAAAAAGUGUUUUAAUUCAGUUGUAUGCACACCGUGGGGAUGUUGUUCUUGAUCUUGCAUGUGGAAAGGGUGGGGAUCUCAUUAAAUGGGACAAGGCAAAGAUUGGAUAUUAUGUUGGCAUUGACAUCGCUGAAGGCUCGAUAGAAGACUGUCGUACACGGUAUAAUGGUGAUGCAGAUCAGCAUCAGCGACGUAAGAAGUUUACAUUCCCAGCACGCCUCCUGUGCGGAGAUUGUUAUGAGGUUCGUUUGGACAGAGAAUUGGCGCAGGAUGGUCCCUUUGACCUUUGUAGUUGCCAGUUUGCCUUGCAUUAUUCAUGGUCUACUGAGGCCCGUGCACGGAGAGCUUUGGCGAAUAUUUCAGCUUUACUUCGACCAGGAGGCAUCUUAAUUGGAACAAUGCCUGAUGCUAAUGUUAUUGUUAAGAAGUUCAGAGAAGCGGAAGGUUUAGAAUUUGGAAACAGUGUGUACUGGAUUCGUUUUGAUGAGGAUCAUGCAGAUAAGAAAUUCAAAACUUCGUGUCCUUUUGGCAUCCGAUAUACUUUUCACUUAGAGGACGCUGUUGAUUGUCCGGAAUGGAUUGUCCCUUUCCAUGUUUUCAAAUCCCUGGCAGAAGAGUAUGACUUUGAACUUGUGUUUGCAAAAAACAACCAUCAAUUUGUUGAAGAGUACUUGAAAAAGCCAGAAUUUGUUGAGCUCAUGAAGAGGCUGGGUGCCUUGGGUGAUAACCAAGAUAAGAGUACAUUGACACCCGAUGAAUGGGAAGUAGCUUACUUAUAUUUGGCCUUUGUGCUGAGAAAGCGAGGCCAACCUGACCAAACGCAAAAACGAAGUGCGAGAAGGGAUGUGAAGACAAUACAAAAGGAGGACAUCAUGUACAUUACUAGUUGAUUUCAGCUGCAAAACAACAAUCUAGCUUGCUCGCUUUGUAGUGUUAGGUUACACAUCGGCCCUCUCCAUUUUUGUUGUAUAACUGAAAGCUUCUCCGUUAGGUAUCGGAGACGAAGUGUUAAAUAUUUUGUAACAAUUUCAUAUAUCACUAGCAAAAAUAGUGAGUUUUUACUUGAAUUUAUAAGGAGAUAAUAAAUUAAUUCCCUAAGUGGCUUGCAAAUAGGUGGUAGGCUAGAGAUAAUGCAACUCCUUUGUUGUAUGUUCAUUUGCCAGAAGAACAACUGCGUUUUAGUGUUAUAUUUUUCAUUGACAAAGCUGAUAAAUACAAUUGCCUUAUACCAGUAUUUUGACUGUUAAA